AUGGAUUCGAAGGUAAAAAUAUCCGCUUUAUUACACGAGUUUUGUCGUGAAAAGGUUCCAGUUGAUAGUUCAUCAUUAUUAUCAUCAUUUCGUGACGUUAAUACUACUUUUAACACUAUCACUGAUGAUACAGUACGAAAUAUCGUGGCUGAACGUAUUUUCAAAAAUAAGUAUUUACGUACUGCAAUGUUAAAACGUGAGAUCAAUUGCACAACUGUUGAGCAAUAUCAUAAACAAAUUAAAAAAGGCCAAUUACAUGAUGGUGAAAUCGAAAUUCAGGCUUUAUCUAUUAUAUGUCAUAUAUUAAUUUGGGUGGUUUCAAUGGCAAAAAAUGAUCAAGGCAGUAUUAAUGUAAAAAUGUCGAAAUAUGAUGGUUAUGCACAACAAUUUGAGAAGUGUGUUUACAUCCUCUAUGAUGAAGAGGCAAAACGUUAUGAUCCGUUGUACAUAGUCAACAAAGACAAUCGAGAUGAAAAAUUAACAAUUUUUGAACGCGACAAUACAGAAACGUUAGAUCUUCUUCGUACGUUUAUUCAAGAAGAACUUCAUGCUGUUAAUUUUAAAGAAUUAGAUUGUUGCACUGCAUCUCAUACAAUGGAAUCUCCAGCUACAAUGAAUGAUCUUAAUGAAUGUGAAAAUAUAUGGGAUAUGAUUACCCCGAAGGCUGAUAGAAGUUCACCAAUUAAACGAAAAUUACCAAAUUACCAGGAAUUAACGUUGGGCCAAAAUAUCGAAGAAGAAUUAUCAUCCAAUGAGAGUAUUCCUAAUGAUCGAGGAACAAAACACGCUAAAACUGAUACAGAUGAGCUCUUGGAAUCUGUUAAAACCAAUUCGGAAUGUAUGACAAUUGAAAAACAUUUACCAACAAAUUCUAGUGCUAUUGAAUCUGAAUCGCAGAUCGAACAACAAUCAACAAUGAAUAGUCCAGCAGCUGUAAGCCAACCAAUGAAAAUGCGACUGAAAGUAAAGCUUGCUAAAAAAUUUCGUGGUCGUACACGUGGUGAUUUUAUACCUAAAAAAAAGCGUAAUCGUAAGAAUGAACCAUCAAAACCUCGACCACCACGUUAUUUUUCUGAUCGAAAUGGAAAAACUUAUUUAAAUUUAUUGAUUCCAGAAAGAAUUUUCUCAGAUGAUUUACAUCAAAUUAAAGUUGAAGUUGCCAUAAUUACAAAAAAAAAAAAUGGUUAUUCGUAUAUUAGUCCAUACUUUAAAUUUAUGGAAGUGCCUAGUAAUCCUAUAGUAUCACCGCUUUGUAAUCCAAUAUAUAUGUUUGUGGAUCAUAAAACUGAAUUAAAUAGAUAUCCAGACAUGAUGCGUCAAUUGAAGCUUCGACUAGUUGUUGUUACGCAUACGAUCGGAGAGCUAAUGGAAUCUGAACAGCCUUUAACCAUUUUUUCAUCACCCAAAAAUAAUAAUGGUCAAAAAGCGAUUACAAAACGAUUUAAGAAACGGAAGACAUUUAAAAAUAAAUAUGAUCUUCAUAAAAUGCGAUUUGCCAUUACUCUAUGGACAAAACAACAUGGUGAAGAAGAAUUUAAGCGACGUGAAGAUAUACAACAUAUCAGUUCGAUUUCAACUGAAGAUAGAAAAUAUGUAGCUCCUAAUAAUUCAAGAACACGUCAUAAUACUACAAUUGUUAUACCGUAA